AUGUCCCUGCCUCGUCUAGAACUCUGCGGUGCUCAUCUUCUCGCAAAACUCAUGCAUCAUUUGUCUACCCGCGUUUUACAGAAUCUCAGUGCUGACUAUAUUGCCUUUUGCGAUUCUUCUGUUGCCUUGUCGUGGAUCCGCGGUGAGAGUCACAGGUGGAAGACAUUUGUUGGCAAUCGAGUCGCUGAGAUACAGGAUUUGAUUCCUUCUAAUUGCUGGAGGCAUGUGAUAUCUGAAGACAAUCCAGCUGAUUGCGCCUCUCGAGGAUUGAUGCCCUCAGAUAUUCAUCACCACCCAUUGUGGUGGCGCGGUCCUCAUUGGUUGUCUCUCGACCCAUCCUCGUGGCCUCUUUCUUCUGUCGAUUCAUCUCAAACUGAACAGGUGGACGACGAAGCAAAGCCGAUCUCCUCCUUAAUGUUAGCGGCCAUCUCCAAUGAACCCACCUUCAUAGAACGUUUCUCUUCGUAUCUUCGUCUCAACCGCGUAACUGCCUUUUGUCGACGUUUCAUGGUAAAUGCUCGUCGUCCAUCUUUCCCUCGGUCAGGUUUCCUCUCCUCCAUUGAGCUUCAAGAAGCAGAAAUUUGUUUGAUACGUCUAGUUCAGUCUCUGCAUUUCGCUGAGGAGCUAGCUGAACUUAAAAAACCUUCUUCUCGUCAUCGGCUUGUCAUGAAACUCCAUCUCUUUCGCGACAAUCAUGAACUUAUACGUGUCGGUGGUCGCCCUUCAGCCUCCUUACUACCUUAUAAACACAAACAUCCUGUUCUCCUACCCAAAAAUCAUCAUCUCACGCAUCUGAUCAUUGAUGAUGCCCAUUAUCGUCUACUUCACGUCGGUGCUUUAGCUACGCAUUCGUUCAUUCGUCGACGGUUCUGGAUCUUGGAUGGCCGCAACGUAGUUCGUAACCGUCUACGAAAAUGUAACCGAUGCUUCUCCUGUAAACCUCGUCCUCUCAUUCAGCCAAUGGGCAAUCUUCCGCCUGAGCGGUUAUCUUCUGCUAUGGCUUUUCUUACCACUGGCGUUGACUAUGCCGGUCCAUUUUAUGUGACGAGUGCGCGACUGCGCGGAGCCGUCAGCACCAAAGCAUAUCUAGUCGUCUUCAUCUGUUUCACUACUAAAGCGGUUCACCUAGAGUUAGCGUCUGAGCUAUCCACUUCAGCUUUCAUUGCUGCUUAUCGUCGCUUUGUUGCACGCCGAGGUCAUCCUUCUGUUAUCUUUUCGGAUAACGGGACCAACUUCGUGGGUGCGCAUAAUUACCUUCGUGACCUUGGCCGCUUAUUGGCAGCUCCACAACAUCAACAAAGUCUGUGUGAUGCCACCUCUUCCUCUGGCACUGACUGGCGAUUCAUACCUCCUUCCAGCCCUCACUUUGGCGGCCUUUGGGAGGCUGCUGUCAAAUCUGCUAAGCAUCAUCUCACUCGCGUUAUCGGCGAGCAAAAACUCACGUACGAGGAGUUUCUCACCGUCUGUACUCAGGUGGAGGCAAUUCUCAACUCUCGUCCUCUGUAUCUCCCUUCGUCUGAUCCUUCUGAUUUUGAAGCUCUCACACCAGGGCAUUUUUUGGUUUUUCGCUCCCUCACCGCUCCUCCUGAUAACGAUGUAAGUUCCGUAUCAGUAAACCUUCUGUCUCGCUGGCAACUAGUCCAACGAUUUCAGCAGGACUUCUGGAAGUGUUGGCGUACGGAGUACCUGCACACCUUGCAGCAACGUCACAAAUGGUUGCACCCAUCUACUUCUAUCCUUCCAGGUACCGUUGUCGUCAUUCGAGAUGACAAUCUUCCUCCUCUAAAGUGGUCUAUCGGUCGUAUAUCAUCUGUUUUUCCGGGAAGUGAUUCCACAACCCGCGUUGCUGAUGUUGCCACUGCGUCUGGGACAAUUCGGCGACCAGUCGUUAAAUUGUGUCCUCUUCCAACUCAGUAG